CACUAAUAAUAAAUCUUUUAUAGUGGUAAACCAAGCCACAAUAACGAAAGAAAAGAAGGUUCAGAUUCGAACGAUAACCAACAACCAAAAAAAAGAAAGAAAGGAAGCAAUGCCGAGACGCAUUCAAUUAUUUUUUACUCAAGAAAUCAUCAUAGCUCUGCAAGUCUCUUCUCUCUUAUUUUUUUUCUCUUGUUCACUAACUGUGAGGAGUGUCCAUGGUGACUAUCCUUCACGGGCAAAUAUCUUUGUUUAUGCGGGCUGUUCACAAGACAAAUACCAACCAAACUCGAUCUUUGAAGAAAACCUCAAUACCUUUUUGUCUUCGGUAGUAAGUUCGUCGUCUGAAGUUACUUACAAUAGCUUUGCCAUUGGAAACGGAACCUCGGCACCGGCAGAGGCGACAGUGUACGGCAUGUACCAGUGCAGGGGAGAUUUACAUCCAACUGACUGUUCAAAGUGCAUUGGAAGAUCCGUAAACCAAAUAGGCUUGGUUUGUCCAUACACUACUGGUGCUUCUUUGCAACUUGAAGGAUGCUACCUUAGAUAUGAACACAGUGGUGAUUUUCUUGGGAAGCUUGAUACCAGCGUUAGGUACAAGAAAUGUAGUAAAUCAGUGGAUAAUGAUGUUGAAUUCUUUAGACGUAGAGAUGACGUUCUUAUGGAUUUGCAAACUGCAAAUGGAUUUAGAGUGAGUAGUUCAGGUCUUAUUCAAGGGUUUGCGCAGUGUUUGGGGGAUUUAACUGUUUCCGAUUGCUCUUCUUGCCUGGCUGAUGCGGUUGGGAAGUUGAAGAGCAUGUGCGGAUCUGCGGCUGCUGCUGAUGUGUUCUUGGGGCAAUGUUAUGCUCGCUACUGGGCUUCAGGUUACUACGAUGAAACUCCAGGUUCCCACAACAAUGAUGAAGUGGGGAGAUCUGUUGCCAUUAUUGUGGGAGUGUUUACAGGUCUAGCAGUUCUUGUUGUCCUUCUCUCAAUCUGCAAGAAAGCAAUGGGUUGAUUAAGAAGAUUGCAACGCACCUUAAAAGGAGAAUAAUUAUUAUUACAAAACAUCUCUUGAAAUCUUGUAUAAAAUUGACCGAAGUCGUCACGUUUCAACUUUUUCUCAAUUUUAAAACAUUUUAAUUUGUUUUCCUGCAAAAGAAGAAGAAUAUGUCAUCAUUGUGUUUAAAAAGUAGAGCUAUUAUAUCCAUCAACUUAGAAAGGGGCGCAGAUUGUCUUUCCUUAGUGAUGUCCAUCCAAACCAUCAUUAUUUCUUUAUUAUAUAUGGAAUCAAUUGAAGAUUAUUCUGCCA